AUGUCCCCCGGGGGCAAGUUCGACUUUGACGACGGGGGCUGCUACGUGGGGGGCUGGGAGGCGGGGCGGGCACAUGGCUACGGCGUGUGCACGGGGCCCGGCGCCCAGGGCGAGUACAGCGGCUGCUGGGCGCAGGGCUUCGAGUCACUGGGCGUCUUCACGGGGCCCGGCGGACACAGCUACCAGGGCCACUGGCAGCAGGGCAAGCGCGAAGGGCUGGGCGUGGAGCGCAAGAGCCGCUGGACGUACCGCGGCGAGUGGCUGGGCGGGCUGAAGGGGCGCAGCGGUGUGUGGGAGAGCGUGUCCGGCCUGCGCUACGCCGGGCUCUGGAAGGACGGCUUCCAGGACGGCUACGGCACCGAGACCUACUCCGACGGAGGCACCUACCAGGGCCAGUGGCAGGCUGGGAAGCGCCACGGCUACGGGGUGCGCCAGAGUGUGCCCUACCAUCAGGCGGCGCUGCUGCGCUCGCCCCGCCGCACCUCCCUGGACUCGGGGCACAGCGAUCCCCCGACGCCGCCCCCGCCCCUGCCCCUGACCGGCGACGAAGGAGGCAGCCCGGCCUCCGGCUCCCGGGGAGGCUUCGUGCUGGCCGGGCCUGGGGAUGCUGACGGCGCGGCCUGCCGAAAGCGCACCCCCGCGGCCGGCGGGUUCUUCCGCCGCUCGCUGCUGCUCAGCGGGCUCCGGGCGGGCGGGCGCCGAAGCUCCUUGGGCAGCAAGAGGGGCUCCCUGCGCAGCGAGGUGAGCAGCGAGGUGGGCAGCACGGGACCCCCGGGCUCCGAGGCCAGCGGGCCCCCGGCCCCGGCGCCGCCCGCCCUCAUCGAGGGCUCGGCCACUGAGGUGUAUGCGGGCGAAUGGCGCGCCGACCGGCGCAGCGGCUACGGCGUGAGCCAGCGCUCCAACGGGCUGCGCUACGAGGGCGAGUGGCUGGGCAACCGGCGGCACGGCUACGGGCGCACCACCCGCCCCGACGGCUCCCGCGAGGAGGGCAAGUACAAGCGCAACCGGCUGGUGCACGGGGGGCGCGUGCGCAGCCUUCUUCCUCUGGCCCUUCGGCGGGGCAAAGUCAAGGAGAAGGUGGACAGGGCCGUCGAGGGCGCCCGUCGAGCCGUGAGCGCUGCCCGCCAGCGCCAGGAGAUCGCCGCUGCCAGGGCAGCAGACGCCCUUCUAAAGGCAGUGGCAGCCAGCAGCGUCGCCGAGAAGGCUGUGGAGGCAGCCCGAAUGGCCAAACUGAUAGCCCAGGACCUGCAGCCCAUGUUGGAGGCCCCAGGCCGCAGACCCAGGCAGGACUCAGAAGGUUCUGACACAGAGCCCUUGGAUGAGGACAGCCCUGGGGUGUACGAGAAUGGACUGACCCCCUCAGAGGGCUCCCCUGAACUGCCCAGCAGCCCUGCCUCCUCCCGCCAACCCUGGCGACCCCCUGCCUGCCGGAGCCCACUGCCUUCUGGAGGGGACCGAGGUCCCUUCUCCAGCCCCAAAGCUUGGCCCGAGGAGUGGGGGGGCCCCGGUGAGCAGGCAGAAGAACUAGCUGGCUAUGAGGCAGAGGAUGAGGCUGGGCUGCAGGGGCCAGAGCCCAGAGAUGGCUCCCCACUCCUCGGAGGCUGCAGCGACAGUUCCGGAAGUCUUCGAGAGGAGGAAGGGGAGGAUGAAGAGCCCUUGCUCCCGAUGAGGACCCCAGGGCGCUCGGAGCCGGAGCCCACCGCUUUGCCAGUCCUGAGGGGCCUGUCCUCGAGGGGUCCUGAAGCCGGGUGCCUGAUGGAAGAGGCUGAGGAGGCUGCUGCGUCCGAGAGGCCCGCCCAGCCGGGAGCUGCCAACCCAUUGGUGGUGGGAGCCGUGGCCCUCCUGGACCUCAGCCUGGCAUUCCUGUUCUCCCAGCUCCUCACCUGA